UGUGCGUGCUGUGUCCCAGCUGAAAGUAGCUUAGACGGAUAUGCGCGUGUGUACGUACUGUAUAUAAUACGCCCUUGACCUCCUCUCUCCCGUCUCAGUGCAAAGCGCUCACUCUUCUUUCUGAUUUGCUUCAAUACCAGAGCUUCCAUUAUCCUUACGCCGGCCAUGUCGUCGCCGGGGACAGAAGAAGCCGCCGGCCUCAACGAGCCGCUCCUCGCGAACGGCAAUAAUGGCGUCGACGAGGCAGAGGUGGCCAAGCGUAAGGGCGCCCUGAAGAGCAAGGAUGACAACUGGUGUUGGGAAGACGUCGGCCAGCCGGACGACGUGGCGGCGCCGCCGGACCUGGAGAAUGGCGACGGACGACGGCCGCUGCUGUUCAGGAACAGGAAAGUCAAGAACAUCGUCCUUUACCCGUUCAGGGCAUUGAUUCUAAUACGAAUAAUUACCCUCAUCUUAUUUGUUGGAUGGCGGAUCAAGAACAGUAAUUCCGAUGUCAUCUGGUUUUGGGUGAUGUCCAUUAUCGCAGAUGUGUGGUUUGGUUUAUCAUGGCUAAGCUACCAGCUCCCAAAGUGUAACCCCAUCAAAAGUAUACCUGACCUUGUUACACUUAGGAAACAUUGUGACCUACCAGGUGGGAGCUUCCAGCUCCCAGGCAUUGACGUCAUUGUUACCACUGCCAGUCCUAUUGCUGAACCUAUAUUGUACACCAUGAAUUGUGUCCUGUCUAUCCUUGCAGUCGACUAUCAUGUUGGUAAAUUCACCUGCUACCUCUCUGAUGAUAGUGGGUCAUUGAUCCUUUAUGAAGCACUAGUUGAGACUGCAAAGUUUGCUACUUUGUGGGUUCCCUUCUGUAGAAAGCAUCGCAUUGAGCCAAGAGCACCGGAAAGCUAUUUUGAACUACAUGGGUCGUUGUAUGAAGGAGAAUCACUAGAGGUGUUUAUGAGUGAUUAUAAGCAUGUGCGCACAAAAUAUGAGGAGUUCAAGAUGUAUUUGGAUAUGCUCUCUGAUGCUAUCCGCGAAAGAUCAAAUAUUUACAAUAGAAUGGAAACAAAAAAAGUAGACACAAAAGCGACUUGGAUGGACAAUGGGACACAAUGGCCAGGCACUUGGUUUGACCCAACAGAAAACCACAGGAUGGGGCAUCAUGCAGGAAUUGUUCAGAUUGUACAGAGCCAUCCAAACCAUAUGGCUCAACCAGGUCCACAAGAGGCCAACAACUAUCCUCUCAACUUUGAAGAUGUUGAUCUGCGCCUUCCAAUGCUUGUCUAUGUGGCUCGUGAAAAAGGGUCAGGUUGUGAGCACAACAAAAAGGCGGGUGCUCUAAAUGCCGAGCUACGCAUCUCAGCUCUACUCUCUAAUGCACCGUUCUUCAUCAACUUUGAUUGUGAUCAUUACAUCAACAACUCACAAGCCCUGCUUGCAGCUAUUUGUUUCAUGCUGGACCGUCGAGAAGGGGAUAAUACUGGAUUUGUCCAAUUCCCACAAAGGUUUGAUAAUGUUGACCCUACAGAUCGAUAUGGAAACCACAACCGGGUAUUUUUUGAUGGAGCCAUGUAUGGUCUCAACGGUCAACAAGGGCCUACUUACCUUGGUACUGGUUGCAUGUUCCGCCGCCUUGCGCUCUAUGGCAUUGAUCCACCUUGUUGGAGAUCCAAGGAGAUCAUAAUCAACAGUAAUAAGUUUGGUAACUCACUACCCUUUCUAAAUUCAGUACUAGCAGCCAUAAAACAAGAACAAUGUGUCACACCACCACUAGAUGAUUCUUUUGUUGCUGAGAUGACGAGAGUUGUGUCAUCUUCGUAUGAUGAUUCAACGGACUGGGGCAGGGGUGUUGGCUACAUUUAUAAAAUGGCAACCGAGGACAUAGUAACCGGCUUUCGCAUCCACGGGCAAGGGUGGCGCUCCAUGUAUUGUAGUAUGGAGCGUGAAGCGUUCCGUGGCACGGCACCGAUCAACCUAACCGAGCGCCUCCACCAAAUAGUGCGAUGGUCUGGCGGCUCCCUGGAGAUGUUCUUCUCCUACAUGAGUCCAUUAUUUGCUGGUCAUCGACUCAACACCAUGCAACGGGUCUCAUACAUUAAUUUUACUAUCUACCCAAUCACAUCGCUCUUUAUCCUAAUGUAUGCUCUUUGUCCAGUGAUGUGGCUUCUCCCAACAGAAAUAUUUAUACAGAGGCCAUAUACUAGGUACAUUGUUUACCUUUUUAUCGUAAUUGGGAUGAUCCAUGUGAUUGGCAUGUUCGAGAUAAUGUGGGCAGGGAUCACAUGGUUGGAUUGGUGGCGCAGCGAGCAGUUUUUUAUAGUCAGCUCAGUAAGUGCUUAUCCAACGGCGGUGUUGCACAUGGUGGUCAAUCUCCUUACAAAGAAAGGUAUAAAAUUCAGGGUCACUGAAAAGCAAUCGGUGGUUGAUACGGACGAUAAGUAUGCGGAGAUGUAUGAAUUGCGAUGGGUGCCCAUGAUGAUCCCAGCAGUUGUGGUUUUGUUCUCCAACAUCAUUGCUAUUGGUGUAGCAAUUGGUAAAUCAAUCCUAUACAUGGGGACAUGGACUCCAGCGCAGAAGAGGCAUGGUGCACUAGGCCUGAUGUUCAAUGUGUGGAUUAUGGUUCUCCUUUACCCAUUUGCAUUGGCGAUUAUUGGACGAUGGGCCAAGAAAACCGGCAUCCUCUUCAUCUUGUUACCGAUUACAUUUUUGUCUAUUGCGAUUAUGUAUAUUGGCAUCCAUACCUUUCUUUCAAAUUUCCUUCCAUCCAUGGUCAUAUAGAAAAAGAAUUUUAUCAUUGUUUUGACAAUAAAAUAUACUUCCUUGAGAAAAAGGCUUAAGUUUACCCUUUGGGUACUAUGCGUCGUGAUGUAUUUAGGACUUCUUUUGACAAAACCUAUCAAAAUAAAUUAUCUUUUCUUCGGGGCUUAGGCAAGGUAGCAAUGAGUUAAUGUAGAAACUUAUGAAACAACAAUUGUAUUGAUGUCUUCUGUAACCGAGUGAAACAUAUGAAACAACAAUUAAGAUACU